AUGCGCAUUACACGAAGCUGUCUGGCAGACGUGACAUAGGUUAAAACCAGCGAUCUUUCCCAAAUUUCACAAGCUCUGUACACACAGAGAUGGCAAGACAACAAGUUCUACAUUUAGAACCUUCAAAUGAGUUGAGGUUCAGAGGUCCUUUUACUGAUGUCGUUACAUCGAACCUGAAGUUGAGUAACCCAGAGGGAAGGAAAGUGUUAUUUAAAGUGAAAACAACAGCACCGAAACGAUACUGUGUACGUCCCAAUAGUGGAAUCAUUGAACCAGGGGCAUCAGUCACAGUUGCAGUUAUGCUGCAACCAUUUGAGUAUGACCCCACAGAAAGAAAUAAGCACAAGUUUAUGGUACAGACCUUAUUUGCACCAGAUGGUCCCAUUGAAAGCCAAGAAGAAUUGUGGAAGGAGGUUACCCCAGAAAAUCUGAUGGACUCUAAACUGAAGUGUGUGUUUGAACUGCCAGUGGAUAACAGUCAUACUGCUACCCCAUCAAGCGUCAGCAAAGAACCCGAAGAGAAGCCAUUAAAACCUGUGAAACAAGUUCAGCUAGAGAGCUCUCCACCAACCAAAGCCACAAGUCAAGAUGCAGAGUUAAGAAAAUCUCUGGAAGAUAAACACAGAUUGGAAAAGGAGGUACAGAGUCUUCGGGAUGAAGUUAGUUCUCUAAAGGAAAAUGAGGUACGUCUACGGAAGGUUGCAAUGUCGGACACAGUGAAGUCUACCCCUGCCCCAGCCUCAGUGUCGUCGUCGUCCUCCCAAGCUCAGGCCAUGAACCUUCCCCCAGUUGUCUACCUUAUUGCUGCACUUGUGAUAGGAAUUAUCAUCAGCAAGUUAUUACUGUAGUAUAACCUCAACACGCUGAGCGACUUUUAAAAAAACUUUUAAUGUAAAAUAACAUAAAUGUGCAAGACUUACAAAAAAAGGAAUGAGACAAGCUGCAUGAACAUGUUUGAUGAAGGUUACAGAAGGCUUGUUAAUCUUUUGUCACUCACAACAAGAGAUCGUGAAGAUUAUGCUGGUCAGUGUCAUUAUAACAUGACUAAGAGUCUUACUGUUUGCAAAUCCCACUAGCUAGUAAAUGUCUAUUUCUUUUUUCAGCUAGGUGGCGAAAAUCGUUUGUGUUUUAGUGUUUAUGAAGAAUAUGAUAUAUUAGUCACCUACCUAAACACUUAACUAUUGUUAAGAAUAACCCUUCACAAUCAUUUUGACACUCUUUAAUAAGAUAUACCAAAUCAAUAGUCACAUUUUUGUGAAGUAAAGGGGUUAAUAUAACAAUGUAAUCAGCACUUGAUGCACAUUUUGUUUAUUCAUCAGAGACUUUUAUGAAGAUGUAAGAAAAAUAUCUAGUUAAGUAUCCUUUUGGAGGAUAUUUAUGUGUGUUUUGUUUGAUUUGUUGAAAACUUUCGGGCCAUAGAUAGGAUUGGUGUGAUUACCACUGCCAAGGAGUGGAAGGCUACAAUCUUUAGAAUCUGAUUCUGAUAAUGUCACACAACAGCAGCGAAGACAGCAGACUUUGUUAAAUAUGUAUAAUGAUAAGAGGUGAAUGACUACAGUAAAGGACAGGAUGAUGUUAAUAGUUUGAGAAGAAUGCAGGUUUCAUGCGAUAAUCCACUGGAGUGGUAAUUGACUUUCAAAGUACAGUAAAACUGAAACAAACAGAUUUAGACAAAGUUCUGCUGAUUACAAAGUAAAUUAAGAUCCCACUCAACCACCCUGGGGGGGAUCUUCCUGAUUUUCUGUGUUCCCUCCACAUUGAGACCACCAACCUGGGUCCACGUGAGUGAGUAUUGUAAGUUGAUGUAAUUUGUUUGAUAUUUGUUGCAAAUGAUUAAAAUUCAUUAUCAGCCUCUUACAGCAAAAUAUUUAAAAAAAAAAAAAAAAAGCAUUGAGAGAUCAUUGGCAUCUGAUCUGCUUCUUGCUGAUUUUGCUAAUCUAGAAUUUAAAAACAAAUAGCUGUUGCUAUUCAAAACUUUCCUUUGAUAUAAUUACAAACCAGUCAACAAGACUAAGGCUCAUAUUGCAUCAACAUACCACAUUAUUUGUCGCCUACAGGUGAAAUAUGGGGACUAAAGGUUACCAUUCAUCAGUCUCAAACAUACAAUAUUUACAUAACGCCAAAGAUUUCAGUGCUCUGGGGACUACAUUCCUUGAGGAAUUUUGAUCAAACCUUGCACAAUGAUAAAGGACCAUAAUAUCUUGGACAAGUUUGAGUUUCUACCCAGAAUGGUUGUUCAAAAUGAAAAUCUUACGCAACUGCUGCUGUUGCGUGACAUUAAAUGCUGCUAAUUGCAAAUAGCCAUGUCUUCAUCAGUUCUGUUAUUGCAUGCAAUACAAACUGUCCAUUCAAUUUGUUAUGCAUCAAGAAUAAACACUUGGUUUACUGCUGUAAAUACUUGAGUGGAGAUCAACUUCUUUAGUGACAUAUACCGGUAAAUCAUAUACAUUUGUAUUCAAAUUGAAGGCUUUGCAACAUUAAUUUGUGUAAUGUUCGGGAAAAUAGAACUGAAGUUGGUGACAUGAAGUCACUCUUACUAUAUGUAUAUAUAUAUAUAUAAGAUAAUUAUUAUUAUUUGUCUCCUUGGUACAUGUAGUGUAAUUGCACUAAAUAGCAAACUUUUUAUUUGCCAUCAAUUAAGGAUCCCUCAUUGUUGAUUUUUUUGUUUCCACUUUUUUUUUUUUUUUUUACUUGUAAUGGUAUAAGUAGUUGUUAUGCAUGGGUUAAUGCAGCAUGAACUCAAUGUACAUGUAUACAACUAACCCAUGCUGUAUUUGUAUUAUCUCAUGAAACUGUUUUUACGCUAUUUGGAUCUUUUUAAACUGUAAACCUGAAAUUGGUAUUUAAUGAAACCCUUGCUUUUAUCUUACUGUACAGAGCAACAUCACUGUCUACAACAUGGAAUGGAAGAUUUGAGUUUUGCUCAAAGCUUUUCCAGUUAUUUGGUGCUUUCUGAAUCUUUUAUGACCUUGCUGUUUUAUUUCUACCAACAAGCUUAAGGCGUACAUUAUGGUUCAACAAAAAGUAUUGGCAGCAAACGAAUUAGCCAAUAGUUGAAUUCUAUAAUCAAAAUAUGACUGAAAAUAGCAGCUCAACUGGGUUUCUGUAAUAUCAAUUUCCUCCUCGUGAUUUGGUAUGUUGAGUCUUCGUAAAAUUUGUGAAUUUUCAGAUUGUGAAAAGGAUGUGCUGGAAGGAUUUUCCUUAAUCUUGCACCAUUUUUUGAAUGCAAUUAUCCAAUUUUCACACUGAGUUCUAUACAGAGAAGCACUUAUGUGUAUUGGGAAGUUAUCCCUCUAUUCACUUGCCCAGAGACUAAAUUCAUACUUGUUUUUUAUGUCAGCUGUACAAAUAAUACCAGUACAUCUUGUUAACGUAGUUACCGCUGUACAGUAAAGUAUGCUGAUGUAUAUUGAGUCUGAACAUCUCUUCUUAAAGAAAUUUAUGGUAUAAAUCUAUGACAGGAAAAUUAUUUCAUGAGUUUUGUAUGAGGUAAUUAAACAGUUGGAUUAGUGCCAAGUUAUUCUUAAUCAUUAAAGUUUGCAGCUUGAGUGUUUAAUGUUUGUAAUUGGGAAGGAAAUGGGAUUUAAUCUAAAAGGGGCUAUAUCCCUUCGUAUGUUUUUCAUUUACACUUGACUUCGUGCAAUUGAAUGUUAGUGUGAGUACUAUAGCUAAGUUAAUGGCUGUAGUAAUGUGUAAAGAGUUUUUUUAUAGGGAGACCUCCUACGAAGGAAGAUAUUAAAAGCUAGUACCAUAACAUUUGUAGUCUUAUUUGGUAUGUGCUAAAAUACUGCAAUAUAUGUUAAAAUUAUACAAACACAUUUUACAUGUCUGUGAAGUGAAAGUGCAUGAUUGUAUGGUGUUUUGAAUAGUUACAUAGUGUUGAAGUGGAGGAUAGAAAAUAUGGGUGGACAUUAUGAUAUGUAUAAUUAUUAUACUUAAGUUGUAUAGAUUAUUUAAAUUAGUGCUCAUUCAUGUAUGUUACUUAACUUUCAACAGAUCAUAUCAUAUAUGUUAAUGAAAAGAGAGGUCAUAGUUUACUGCACUGUUUUUAUUUGAUUUUUCUCUCUAGUUAUUGUGGCUAGCAAACAGUCUAGAAAAUGAUCAAACUUGUAAUUUGAUAAAAUUCAUGUCCACUAUAAAGUAAUAUAGUGUAUUAUUAUUUGAAUGUAAUGAAGUUUGAUUCCCUAAAACAAUGUCUCACACAAUUGUUGAGAAAAUGCCUGAAAUAAAACUUGUUAAAUGGACGUUGUUGUGCAUGUUAACAUUUAUUAUCCUGCUACAGGAAGAUCAUGAGAUGAUACCCCAUUCCACUCUCCUCAAGCCAAACAAGGUAAAUUUAAUCCAGUUACAAAAUAUCUUAAGUUGGAUAUAAAGUUUCCAUAGAGUCCUGUCUAACAGGGAUUAGGAUAUUUCUAAUGUCAAACAUGCCGUACCCCCAUUGCUGUCAUGCAAAUAGGAUGUCAGUUAUUAUUACUUUUCCAAUGCCUUCCUCAUAUGACUCAAUUUCAACAAUUGCAAACAUAAAUUAAUACAAGCAUUUGGAUGAUAAUGUAUGUUGAAAAGGUCACAUGAUUUAGUAUUACUCAUUCUUGGUAUACUGAAGUUCUAUUUGUGUGAAAGCCUGCUAUCAUAGGAAUACAUUUUAAUUCCUUAUUUUCAAAUAAAUAAAAUAAAAAAAAAAAUCCAAGUAUGAGUAGUUUAACAGUGCUGUACAACAUCAAUUUAGGACCUCUAGAAUGUAUGACUUGUGAUACAUCCUUGAAACAGAAUUUGAACAUUGUUACUAGUCGCAAUAAUACGCAGUCUCAAUAUAGAUACUGUACAUGUGUAUAUAAGAGUGUUUGGGACCAUGUAUGCAUGUAGCAUUUAAUUUUGGUGAAGAGAAUAGUAACUUUUUCAAAUUAAACACAAAUGCAGUUUUUUUGAAGGAAAAAGACAAUAGGUAAGCACUGUUUUCACUAUUAUGUAAAUCAAUGCAAUGUUAUGAAGGAAAUGUUAGAAAGACUUUUUUCAGUGAAAAUGUAUCUGAAAUUAUUCAUUUUGUUAUGAGGGAUUGCUAUGAUUGAAAUAUGUUCUUAAUUUAUUAAUGGCAGGUGUAUUAUAACUAUGAAACUACACACUUCACAUGGAAUCACCAGACCAUAACACCAACAUUGGUUCACAAGGUUAGUGAACACCACACAUGGGAUCAUGAGGCCAGUGGGCAUUCUGGGGUUACAACUGAGGUCAUGUACCUAGUAAAUCCCCAUACAUUAUAUAGUGAACCUCAAACAUGGGGUCAUGGGGUCACAUGGCCAGUGAAUCUCCAUACAUUAUGGAGUCGUGUCUAGUGAACCCCAAACAUGCGGUCAUGGGGUCACAUGGCCAUUGAAUCUGCAUAUAUUAUUGACUGGAUUGUUUGCAAUACAACUAGUAAUCGUAUUCAUUUGUGCAGCCUAGUGGAAAGAAAUGGUACCAAGGCAGGCAAUCCAGUCUACAUCCAUUAUGGAGUCGCUCGUCAUGCAGCUGGUGUGUACAUAUGGAGCGAGUAGCCAGCAUGCAAUCAUGUGACCAGUGAUACCCAACACAUUCUGGGGUCGCCAAGUCCAUGAACCUCACAUGUUAUGACCCUUCUUCCUCUUUUCAUGCAUCAAUGCCACAAUAUCCAAGUUUUCCACUUCAUUCGGUUUUGUUAUUAUUAUUACUUGAUAAUUAUUUUCGUGUAUGAUAAUGCCCUUCCAGUGUUUAGUGUUGUGUUGACAGAAACACCCUGAUAGUGAUUUUAUAUAGUAUAUCUAAUUUAUGUUCAUGUUAUAUGAUCAUUUAAGUCAAUAAAAAUCCCAUAUUCAUCACCUCAAA